AUGAAGCUCGGCAACGUCAAGGUUCCCAGAAGCAGUCCAGCUGCCUUGGCUCCGGCUCUGCUCGCCUGCAUGGCGAGCAGAGCCUCCCCUGAUCUGCUUCCUGUGUCGUCCCCGCAGAGAGUGUCCGAGGUGACGGACAGCUGGUGGCAUUCGAUGCUGAUUCUGCCACCGCUGCUGAAGGAGAGCCCGUCCAGCCCCUUCCUGGCCGCCUACUACCCGGACUGCGUGGGGAUGAGUCCAUCUGGCUCGCCCGGCAGCGUGUCGCUGGCUGAGCUGAGGGCGGAUCCCUGCAGAGCCGCCCUGUGCGUGCGGCCGGACAUGAUGGAGCUGGACGAGCUUUACGAGUUCCCAGAGUUUUCCCGCGACCCCACCAUGUACCUGGCCCUGCGUAACCUGAUCCUGGCAUCCUGGCACAGGAAGUGCACGGAGGUGCUGACGGCUCAGAGGUGUGCGCAGCACAUCGUGGUUCGGGGGCUGGUGCGUGUGCGCUGCGUGCAGGAGCUAGACCGGGUGCUCCGCUUCAUGACCAGGAAGGGGCUCAUCAACACCGGCGUGCUGGCUGUGGAGCGGCCGCUGCUGUCGGAGGCAUGCUGUGCUAUGAGCCUGCCACGCCCCCGUUUCCCCCUCACUUUCCCCAUUUCCCCCUCAUACACGCCCCCCGUUUCCCCCUCACACACUCCCCCGUUUCCCCUUCACACACUCCCUGUUUCCCCCUCACACAUACCCCUGUUCCCCACCUCAUUUCCCCCUCAUACACACACACACACCCUGUUCCCCCCCCCAUCCUUCUCACCCGUCACGUCUACUGGUCCUGUGCAGAGGAAGGCCGUCGUGGUCGUGGGCGCCGGUGCGUCGGGACUAGCUGCGGCACGCCAGCUGCACAACUUCGGCUUCCAGAUGGGCCUGAAAAUGCACAAGCUGGGGGAGCGCUGUGACCUCUUCCAGGAGGGCGGGCAGGUGGCCGACCCAGCCAUCGACAAACGCAUGGACUUCCACUUCAACGCCAUCCUGGAUGUGGUGUCCGAAUGGAGGAAGGACAAGUCUCAAAGCCAGGACAGGCCGCUGGGAGAAAAGGUUCAGGAAGUAAAGAAGAACUUUCUGCAGGAGUCUGGGAUCCAGUUCAGUGCGCUGGAGGAGAAAGUCCUUCAAUUUCAUCUCAGUAAUCUGGAGUACGCCUGUGGCAGCACCCUGGACCAGGUCUGGAAGGCCUCCUCUGCUCAGGGGUCAGACAGAUGCUCUUUAUUUGAUCUGCUCAAACCGGUUUCGGCCCGGUCCUGGGACCACAACGAGUUCUUUGCCCAGUUCUCGGGAGACCACACCCUGCUGACCAGGGGCUACUCGGUUCUUCUCAACAAACUGGCCGAGGGCCUGGAGAUCCACAGGAACUGUCCGAUGGGCCUGAAAAUGCACAAGCUGGGGGAGCGCUGUGACCUCGUCCAGGAGGGCGGGCAGGUGGCCGACCCAGCCAUCGACAAACGCAUGGACUUCCACUUCAACGCCAUCCUGGAUGUGGUGUCCGAAUGGAGGAAGGACAAGUCUCAAAGCCAGGACAGGCCGCUGGGAGAAAAGGUUCAGGAAGUAAAGAAGAACUUUCUGCAGGAGUCUGGGAUCCAGUUCAGUGCGCUGGAGGAGAAAGUCCUUCAAUUUCAUCUCAGUAAUCUGGAGUACGCCUGUGGCAGCACCCUGGACCAGGUCUGGAAGGCCUCCUCUGCUCAGGGGUCAGACAGAUGCUCUUUAUUUGAUCUGCUCAAACCGGUUUCGGCCCGGUCCUGGGACCACAACGAGUUCUUUGCCCAGUUCUCGGGAGACCACACCCUGCUGACCAGGGGCUACUCGGUUCUUCUCAACAAACUGGCCGAGGGCCUGGAGAUCCACAGGAACUGUCCGAUUGUCAACGGAUGCGUCAACAACCCGAUCGCCCUGAUGUGUGAGCAGGUGAGAGCUCCCGAGUUCUGGAUCGUAUCUGGACUCCCUUCUUCUCACUGCGGAUCCUCGCUGGUGGAACAAACUCACAAGAGUCAUCAGAGCAUCUAG